UGUGUGUGUGUGUGUGUGUGUCUGUGUGUGUCUGUGUGUGUGUGUGUGUGUGUGUGUGUGUUUCUGUCUCUGUCUGAGACACACACACACUGACACACUGAGACACUGAGACACACAGACACACACACACACUGAGACACACACACACUGACACACUGAGACACACAGACACACACACACUGAGACACACACACACUGACACACAGACACACACACACUGACACACUGAGACACUGAGACACACACACACUGAGACACACACACACUGACACACUGAGACACACAGACACACACACACUGAGACACACACACACUGACACACUGAGACACACAGACACACACACACUGACACACUGAGACACUGAGACACACACACACUGAGACACACAGACACACACACACUGAGACACUGAGACACACACACACUGACACACUGAGACACACAGACACACACACACUGAGACACACACACACUGACACACAGACACACACACACUGACACACUGAGACACUGAGACACACACACACUGAGACACACACACACUGACACACUGAGACACACAGACACACACACAUUGAGACACACACACUGACACACUGAGACACACAGACACACACAUUGAGAUACAAACACACACACACACACUGAGACACAGAGACACACACACACACUGAGACACACAUGCACAGAGACACACACACACACGACCCUCGCUAUAAAUAGAUCUUUCUAGAGUCUUGGGCUGGUUAGUUUCUCAAGUCCCACCUCCAGCCUCUUCCUCACCCUCCUCGGACUUUCUUAAGUGUGCGAGUGUGUGAGUGUGCCUCAGCACUCGAGAGAGAGAGAGAGUGUGUCUUCGUGUGGGUGGGUGUGACUCUCACACAGAACAGAGACACUUUUCAGAGAAUCUACAAAGAAAACAGCCAUGCCUGUGCCCACAAAACCAGGGAAAAAGCCGGCAGCAAAAGCCCCUCCCGCUGCAGCUAAAGCCCCGCCCCCAGCUAAAGCCAAGCCCACAGCUGAAGCCCCGCCUCCUACCGAAGCCCCGCCUCCUACGGAAGCCCCUCCUCCAAAAGCCCCAGCACCUGAAGCUCCUCCCCCUGCCGAUGCCCCGCCUCUCAACCAAGAGGGUGAACUACCAGAUGAUG